AUGAGCCUCAAUCGGCAGGAGUCGGCUCGGGAGGAGAAGUUGGAAAGGGAUGGUGAUGGACUCCAGGGAUCCUCGGCCCUUCCGUCUUUAACGAGCGAAUAUCCAGCAAAGCCCGUCACGUUAUCAGUUUUGCAGAGAGCGAGAAAUAACAUUUCCGAGCCGGUCGUUGCAGCUUUCAUUGCUGGCGGUGUCGCCGGAGCUGUAUCGAGAACAAUCGUUUCGCCUCUUGAGCGGUUAAAAAUCUUGCUGCAAAUACAGAGUGUUGGCAGAGAAGAAUACCGAUUGUCAAUAUGGAAGGCUUUGGUUAAAAUGCGAAAAGAGGAAGGGUGGAGGGGCUUCAUGCGCGGCAACGGUACCAACUGUAUUCGCAUCAUUCCUUACUCAGCAGUGCAAUUUGGAAGCUACAAUUUAUACAAACCAUUUAUAGAAACGGCUCCGGGGGUUGAUUUGAGCCCAAUACGUCGCCUAUUCUGCGGAGCACUUGCCGGAAUCACCUCUGUCACCGUUACUUACCCUCUCGAUAUCGUCCGUACCAGACUGUCAAUCCAGUCUGCCUCAUUUGCGGAAUUGGGCGAACGAAAAGCCGGCGAAAAGCUGCCGGGUAUGUUUGAAACCAUGAUUUUGAUGUACAGAAAUGAAGGGGGGAUCCCUGCCCUAUAUCGUGGCAUUAUCCCGACAGUGGCUGGUGUGGCACCAUAUUUAUUGAUAGCAUGGGCACAGGUGGGAUUGAAUUUCAUGGUGUAUGAGUCGGCUCGUAUCUACCUUACACCUCCCGGAGAGAAAAACCCUAGCCCAGCGAGAAAACUACUCGCUGGAGCUUUCUCUGGUGCAGUUGCCCAAACGUGCACCUAUCCUUUCGAUGUCCUCCGUCGCCGGUUUCAAAUCAACACGAUGACGGGCAUGGGCUAUCAAUAUACCUCGAUUUGGGACGCCGUCAGGGUCAUAGUGGCUCGUGAAGGCAUUCAAGGCAUGUACAAGGGUAUCGUGCCCAACCUACUGAAGGUCGCACCAAGCAUGGCUAGCAGUUGGCUUAGCUUCGAGAUCACGCGUGAUCUACUUGUCAGUCUCAAAAAAGAGUAA